AUGGCGACCAUCAAUAUUCGUCGGGAUGUUACCGAUCCCUUCUAUCGAUACAAAAUGGAGCGCCUGCAGUCCAAGAUUGAAGGAAAAGGCAAUGGAAUCAAGACCGUGGUAGCCAACCUUCCCAGCGUGGCGGCUUCCCUUGCUCGUCCCCCAGCCUAUGUGAUCAAAUACUUCGGCUUCGAACUCGGUGCUCAAACCAACACCAACCCAAAAGAUGAUCGUUGGAUCAUCAAUGGAGCACACGAUGCGGGCAAAUUGCAAGACUCGUUGGACGGCUUCAUCUCCAGAUUCGUCCUCUGCAGGUCCUGCAAGAACCCGGAGACCGAUAUCAACAUCAAGGACGGUCACAUCAUUCUAGACUGCAAGGCCUGCGGUCAACGUACCAAUGUUGAUUUGCGCCACAAAUUGAGCGGAUUUAUUCUCAAAAACGAACCAAAGGGUGGUAAAAAGACAAAGAAGGAAAAGAUGACUCGUCGUGAGAGGGCCAAGGCUGAAAGUCAAGAGAACGGCUCCAUGAACGGUGGAAGCCCCCAAGACUCCAAUUCCGACAAAGGAGAUGCCGACGAUGCCGACUACGAGAUUGCGGCUGGCAGUGACGACGAGUUCACCAAGCAAAUCCAAGCUGAUGCUAAAGGCAUCAACGGAGAAGUCAAGGAAGAAGAAUGGGCCAUUGAUACUUCUGCCGAGGCCAUUGCUGCUCGUGCCAAGGAGCUCCCAUCUGAUCUGAAGCGUUCGCUCGCAUUCGAUGAAGAUGAAGACGGCGAAGACAACGGCACCAAUGUCUAUGAUCAGCUCGGUACCUGGAUUAUCGACGAGACCAAGGCCAAAGGCUCUGUCAAUGCUGUCGACGAUGUGGAAAUCUACAAGAAGGCUAAAGAAUUGGGCAUCGAGAGCAAGCACAAGACUCUGACUGUUCUCGCUCAGACCAUCUUUGAUGAAAACAUCGUCAAGCAAAUCCCCGCUCGUGCCAGUAUGCUGAAGACAAUGAUCGGCGAAUCUGAGAAACACAUGAAGGCUUUCUUGGGUGGCACCGAGCGCUUCGUCGGCAAUGACCACCCAGAAUUGAUCCCACAGAUUCCCGCCAUUCUCAUGGGCUACUACCAGCAUGAUCUCCUCAGCGAAGAGGUAGCCAAAGCGUGGGGUGCAAAGGCCAGCAAGAAGUACGUUGACAUCAGCACUAGCCGAAAGGUUCGUCAAGCUUCCGAGAAGUUCUUGCAAUGGCUUGAUGAAGCCGAGAGCGAUGAUGGCAGCGAUGAGGAGAGUGAUGAAGAGUAA